CCGCUGUUUAACGACAACAACCCGUCCGGUCGCGUGAACUGGGUCUGUUUCACUCAACAUGAGUGUGGGGUCCGAAAGGGGACGAGGAGCCUGUAGCCCACGUCCUGUUACUGAGCGAGGCUUUGGCAGGAAAAACAAAGGGUCUUUGAUGCAGGACUGCUGUGAAAUCCAGGCUGGCCUUUAUGCAGGGCUGUGAAUGAAUGUUGAUGAGGUGCAGAUGUGUGUGUGAGUGAUGAUGGCACCGGGAGACAUGGUGCCGGAGCACGGGAAACAGCACAAACCCCGGAACAAGUGUGUGCCGCGGUCGCCCAACGGCGAGUGUGAGGCUGACGGCUCGUUCGUGUUUGAGGCGCAGGAGGCCUGGAAGGACUUUCACAACUCCCUCAGACAGUUCUACGAGAACGGAGAGCUCUGCGACGUCACACUCAAGGUGGGGAGCAAACUGAUACCAUGCCACAAGCUGGUGCUGGCCUGCGUCAUCCCGUACUUCCGUGCCAUGUUCCUCUCUGACAUGUCCGAGGCCAAACAGGACCUGAUUGAGAUCCGCGAUUUUGACGGCGAUGCCAUUCAGGACCUGGUGCGCUUUGCUUAUUCCUCUCGGCUGACGCUGACGGUGGAUAACGUGCAGCCCCUGCUGUACGCCGCCUGCAUCCUUCAGGUGGAGCUGGUGGCCCGGGCCUGCUGUGAGUACAUGAAGGCCCACUUCCACCCGUCCAACUGCCUCGCCGUGCGCACCUUCGCCGAGAGCCACAACAGGGUUGACCUGAUGGACAUGGCCGACCGCUACGCCUGCGAGCAUUUCCGCGAGGUGGUGGACUGCGAGGACUUCCCCUGCGUGUCUCCUCAGCAUCUGAAGACGCUGCUCAGCUCCAGCGACCUGAACAUCCACUCGGAGACGCAGGUUUACAAAGCUGCCGUCAAGUGGCUGAAGGCCAACCCCCAGCACCACGAGAUAUGGCUCGACCAGAUCAUGUCUCAGGUGCGUCUUCCCCUGCUGCCGGUGGACUUCCUCACCGGCACUGUGGCCAAAGAGGAGAUGAUCAAAUCCAACCUGAGCUGCAGAGACCUGCUAGACGAGGCCAGGAACUAUCACCUGCACCUCAGCAACAAGAGCGUGCCCGACUUUGAGUAUUCGGUCCGCACCACUCCCCGCAAACACACUGCAGGGGUUCUAUUCUGUGUCGGAGGCCGUGGCGGUUCUGGGGAUCCGUUUCGCAGUAUUGAGUGUUACUCUAUCAGUAAGAACAGCUGGUUCUUCGGGCCCGAGAUGAACAGCAGACGCAGACAUGUGGGAGUAAUCUCAGUCGGAGGUAAAGUGUACGCAGUGGGCGGCCAUGACGGCAGUGAACACCUGGGCAAUAUGGAAAUGUUUGACCCCCUGACCAACAAGUGGAUGAUGAAGGCCUCCAUGAACACUAAGAGGAGGGGAAUCGCACUGGCUGCUUUAGGAGGUCCUAUCUACGCUAUUGGAGGUCUGGAUGAUAACUCCUGUUUCAGUGAUGUGGAGCGGUAUGAUAUAGAGUCGGAUCGCUGGAGCGCCGUGGCCUCCAUGAACACUCCCAGAGGCGGAGUCGGCUCAGUGGCUUUGGGGAGCUACGUCUAUGCUGUGGGAGGAAACGACGGCGUAGCAUCUCUCUCCAGUGUGGAGCGUUUUGACCCACAUCUCAAUAAAUGGACAGAUGUUCGAGAGAUGGGACAGAGACGUGCUGGAAACGGGGUCAGCGAACUCAAUGGCUGCCUCUACGUUGUGGGUGGUUUUGACGAUAAUUCUCCGCUGAGUUCGGUGGAGCGGUUUGAUCCCAGGAUGCACCGCUGGGAGUAUGUCGCAGAGCUGACCACACCCAGAGGCGGAGUCGGCGUCGCCACGGUGAUGGGUCGGGUCUUUGCGGUGGGCGGCCACAACGGCAACAUCUACCUGAACACGGUGGAGGCUUUCGACCCCCGUAUGAACAGGUGGGAGUUGGUGGGGUCUGUGUCUCACUGCAGGGCGGGUGCAGGCGUAGCGGUCUGUGCCACUCACAUCAGUCAGAUACGGGACGUGGGUCAGGGGUCCAGUAACGUGGUGGACUGCAUGUAAGAGUAGGAUCAGAGGACCGAACCACAGCCCCUGUCCCAGCAUUUAUAUACACACCACUCAGUACAGCGCACCACUCCACCCUCAUCUGAACACUCUUCUGUUUUUCAGAUCAUCUAGUCGUAUCACUGUAGAAAAGUUCCUGUUUAUAUAUCAGUAAUUAUUCUCUAUCUUUAUUCUCUCAUAUUCUUAUAUUUUGUAUAACAGUGCUGAAGCUGAGGCAGGAAUCCACAGCCUCUGUUCAAAUAAUUUAAAAAUGUUUUUAGUUUUGUGAAUUCUGGAGUGUUUUUCCUUUUCUGUUUUAUAAUGCAGAUCUUGUCUCUUAUACCUGUGAUCGAACACAUGGCCCAGUGUCACGUUAGAACCCAUCAUAUUGUAGGUGAGGCUGUAGUAAAGGAUAUAAGUACAACAAUAAGUAUGAGUACAGCUCUGGAGAAAAUAAGAGAGCACUUAAUUUGAUUUUAUCAAAUUGAAAACCUCUGGAAUAUAAUCAAGAGGAAGAUGGAUGAUCACAAACCAUCAAACCACCAAACUGAACUGCUUGAAUUUUUACACCAGGAGUAAAGCAGCAUAAAGUUAUCCAAAAGCAGUGUGUAAGACUGGUGGAGGAGAACAUGAUUCCAAGAUGCAUGAAAACUGUGAUAAAAAAAACAGGAUUUUUUUGGGCUCUGCAUCUUUUUUUGUUAUUUCAGCCAUUUCUCAUUUUCUGCAAACAAAUGCUCUAAAUUACAAUAUUUUUAUUUGUAAUGUGGGAGAAAUGUUGUCUGUAGUUUAUAGAAUAAAACAACAAUGUUCAUUUUAUUCAAACAUAAACCUAUAAACAGCAAAAUCAGAGAAACUGAUUCAGAAGCCACUGUAGUGCUCCCCUUUUUUCCAGAGCUGUAUAUAAAUCACCUGAAAAACCAUCCUGCUUCUCUCAGUCCAGUGAUGGGUUCCCACUCAGAGCCUAACAACUGGGCAAAAUGUCUUCGAGAACAUCGUGGAGGCAUGUCUCUAGUAGUUAAAGUUCUCUCACCAAGAGGUACACUACUCUACUGUAGCCUAUAGGACGACAGGAGGAGCACUUUUACACCCUCUUGUGGUGUAAAGACGCCCUAGCGUCUAAUCAAACCACAACUGUAAUCAUUUUCAUAUUUGCCUGAGACACAACUGUGUGUCAAGUUUUGCAGCUAUCGAUAGUGUGCUAUAUUUAAAAAAAAAUGAGUGAGAGAUCUUUAAGGCUAAUUUAGCUGCUCAUCCUUUCCUGUCUCCUGCAACAUCUUAACUUCCCAAGCAAAACCAAGUAAAGAGGCCAGUUUCAGCAAAUCGACAGCAUCGGUACAGAUCUUUUUGAGGGUUCUUCAGAAUGUGGAGUUAAUCUACACCAGAAUGAAAUCAGGUAAAGAUAGUAAGCGCACAAAAUGAGUGAAGAGAGAAUAUGACCUGAAGAUGUUUUCUUUUUAUGCCACAGGCUUGCCAAGUCCCCUGCUCAUUUACGGACAAUCAUUCAGUCAGGUAGUCGGGUUUUAGAAAGGAUUUGAGGUGAUUUAUUUGGGAGAGAUCUUUCUUUGCGAUGGAACGUCUGCCUUAGGAGUGUUUAGGAACACUGUCCAAAUGUUAUUGAGGAAACAUCAUACAAUACUGGGCCUCAUUCACCAACUGUUCUUAAAAAUAAUUUUCUUAAAUGGCUAAAUCCUGGGUCACACCACUUCACCAUCAGCAGCCAGAGUCUGAGAGAGCAUGACAUCACUCCUAAGUAAAAAAAUAUAUAUAUAUUUUAGAUAAAUUCCAGCAUUCACUGAUGUCUUCUGAUUUGGGAUUUGUUCAGUUUAUGAGAACAAUGGGAUCUAUUACUCUAAGAGCUGAACUAUGAGCAAUUCUGCACUUUAUAAACACAUUAUACAUUUUAUGUAGACCUGAAGACUUAUUGCUUUUCUCAAUAACUAAUUUUAGUAAAUUCUUAGUUAGAUGUUGGUGAAUGAGGCUAAAGAGAGCUCUUUUACUUGAUUGAUCAAGCUUCUUGACCUAACUGGAGUUCUAGAUUUUUAGGAAUUCCAUACAAAUAUAUUGUAUAUUCCAGAAUUUAAAGAGCUUGUUGAAUGAGUUAAAAAGUGCCACUUCAAGACUUCUAAGAUCUUCCCAAUCUAGAAAUGUGUACUCCAUUUAAAAUUCUUAAAGGUAUGCUCUCACUUUGGAAAUAUGAAAAAUAUGUAUUUACAAUUUUAGAAUCCUAGAGUUUUAAAGUUUUAGGUCCAUAAUUCUUAGAGUAAAUUUUGUAAAGUUUUUAAAUUCUAAGGUUUUGUUCAAAUCUGUUAGAAUUUCAGGGUCUUUAACAAUUUGUUCUAUAAUUCCAUUAGCUAUAAAGUUCCAUUUUAGAAUUUUUAGAUCUCUGAAAUUAUCUAGUUCUAGAAUUAUGUAAACUAUGUAAAUGUAUAGUUUUUGUAAUUCUAAGAAAUUGUAGACUCUGAAAGCUGUAAAAUUACAGUUCUAGAGAUUUCAAAUUACAAUUUUCAAAUUAGAGUUAUAUUUAUAAAAUUCUAGAGAUUUUCUUGGAAUUCCAAGAGCUCUCCACAUUUUAGAAUUGUGUAAAGUCCAAAAUUCCCCAGAGCAAUGAAGCUUUAACUCUACAUUUCUACGCUUUUGUUCUGGUAUUCUAGGAUUUGAGAUUCUACUUAUUCAGUUCUGAGAGCAGAGAGGUUUCUGUUGUAGAAUCCUGAGGUUUUGUUGCAUUACAUUAGAAGGAUUUUGAGGUUUUAAUUCUACAAGUGUAAAAGCUAUGGAGUUUUAGUUCCGGAAUUGCAAGAGCUUAUUGAAGGCUUUUAAGAGGUCUCCAUUCUAGAAUUGUGUAUAGGUCUCAAAUUCCAAAAGCUAUUGAGUAUUUACUCUGGAAUUCUAAGUAUAUUCUUGGGUAUGAAGUUGCAGUUCUAGAGUUUUAAUUAGAAUCCAAAAGUUUAGGUUUAAUUCAAUUUCAACAAAUUCAAAUGCAACAAAGCUUCUUAAUGAGCUACAAAAAGUCCCAUUUUAUAAUUAUGUUGGUUUUAUGUUCGUAUAUGUAGAACUUAUUAACCCUGGGAAUUGGAAGAGCUUUUAAUUUUUACUCUUUUCAUUUUAACAAUUAUAACAUGCUAGUUGUAGAGUUGUGGAUUUCUACUUCUAGGAUUGUUGAAUUGGGAACUCCUGGGAUUCAGAUGUAUUUUUUGCUGCCAAAUGAAAAUUUAGCCUGUAUGGAGGAAAGUAGCUCUAAGUACGAGUUAAAAUGUUGGACGUUUUCUAUGAUAUUUGUACCUUUAUUUCAUUGACUGUUGUGCACUAAUUUCUUGGACUAGAAACAUGCUUUGAGUAUAUUUUUGUCUGUAUUUUUGGGAAAAAUCGAAUGUUCUCAUAUUAAUGCUAUUUUAAAGUUUAAAGGUUGCUUUUGAUUGUGCCGUUUCCAUCUCUCACACUCUUUUCUCAUCAGCUUUUAUAGACUCUUCUACGCUAGCUGUCUCUCGGGUUUCCUGAGGAAUGUUCUGUUGGGUUCAGUAAUGCUUUCUGUAAAUGCUUCAGACAGUCGUUUCAAUUGGAUGAAUGGAUUAUUCAGAAAUUUAGAUAUAGAAUAUUCAUACAGUAUAUUUAUAUAUGCUUUUAGUUAAUUGAGUCAUGUACCGCAAUCUCUCUUUUCCACUUAGUUAUUUAUGUAUUAAUAGUGUUGAAUUGUGCAGUUACAUUCUGGAAGUGAUGCUGACACAGAUUUUACUUUUUUGCAGAUGUAGAGAGAUAUGUGACAAAUCAUUAGUUAAUCAGUAAAUAUUUACAGAUAUUUAUCACUUUGGCUAUAAACAACAAUGGCGUCAGCUGUUAUAUCCACAGUCUAGUGAGUGACUCUGGUAGAGUGGGUGAAUAAUAUGCUUGAGUAGCAUAUUUAUAUAGAUUUUAAGAAGGAUUAUCUAUUUAAUGCACUGGUCAGACUAAGAAAAUCAUAUCCAGAUGAGGUUAUUUAUUAAACUGCCAUUUUAAUGUGGCGCUUGGCUCGUGCAAUGCAGAUUUUAAUAGCAAAAAAUAUUUGUAAAGAGUAAAUAUAAAAAUAUAAGAAGAGUGCCAGUCUAGUGAUGUAGGUCAAAAACAGCCUGUUUUCUGAUGCAUAUCCUAAUGCACCCAAACCAGGUGAUUUUCUUCUACGUAAGGCAUAAAGAACAUUUGGUCCUAUAGGACUCGAUUGCAGUCGAUUGCCUUAUAGAAGACUUGAGAAUGACUAAAGACUUCGAGAUAAUCAUAUUUUUUGACUGAACUGCUCCGAGUGUGAGGUUUCUGUAUCAGACGGGAAUAUAUUUUGAAUGGCUGAGUUAUUUUAUCUGUGGUUGAUUCACAGGAUCUUUACAGUGGAGUGUUUUGAACUGAUCUUUCUAGUGAAAGUGACUUGUACUGUAGCUGUACUGUAUUUUACUCAACUAUUUGCAUUGAUCAGUCUGUUUGUAUUGUCCAAAUAAAGUUAUAUAAAAUAAAUUCAUAAAGAAAACAGUUUUUUUU